AUGAUGUCGUACAACAAGAACACCACAGAUCUGCAUUGCCUUACGAUCGAAGAGCUGCGUGUCCUGGCAGCCCAGCGCAUGGACAAGCAGACACGCGACUACUACAAUGAAGGCGCCGACUCAGGCUCGACGCUCGCUGAAAACAUCUCCGCAUACCAGAAGUACCGCAUCCGACCCCGCGUGCUGCGCGAUAUUUCCGUCAUCGACACAACCGUCGAUGUCUUCGGCACCAAAUCCACCAUGCCUAUCGGCGCAGCGAGCACAGCCAUGCAUUGCCUUGCGCACCCCGACGGUGAGAUUGCCACCGCGCGCGCAUGCAAGAACCAGAACGCUGUAAUGGGACUCAGCAGUUUCGCGACCCAGACGCUUGAAGACGUGAAAGACGCAAUUGGCGCGACGCCUAUGGCGUUGCAAUUGUAUCUGUUCGAAGAGCGGGAACACAGCGUUAAGCUGAUCAAGCGCGCGAAAGCGAAAGGAUAUAAAGCCGUGCUGCUGACCGUCGACACACCAGCCCUCGGGCGCAGGAACAUGGAGAUCAGGAACCAGUUCACGCUGCCGAAGCACCUCAAGAUUGCGAAUUUCGCGAAUCGAGAUGACAAGAACUCCGGGAAUAGCAACACCGAGGCGCCGGCGAGUGAAGCUGGGUAUCACGAUGGCGAAAAGCGCGUUCUGCCCAAGGGACCGAUCAGAUUCCACACGCACGCUGCAAAUCCUACCUUGACGUGGGAGAAGGAUAUUGAGUGGUUGAAGGAGCAGUGUCAUCCUGAGAUGGAGGUCUGGGUCAAAGGUAUUGCGACGGGUGAGGAUGCGCUGCUUGCAGUCCACCAUGGCGUUGAUGGCAUCGUCGUGUCGAACCACGGAGGUCGACAGCUGAACGGUGCGCUGGCGACAAUCGAUGCGCUUCCUGAAGUUGUGCAGGCUGUCAGAAGUCAGGAGAAAAAGAUUCCUGUUCAUGUCGACGGCGGUAUUCGUCACGGCACCGACGUGUUCAAAGCGCUGGCGUUGGGGGCGGAUUUUGUGUGGAUUGGCAGGCCGAUCCUGUGGGGGUUGGCGUACAAGGGGCAGGAGGGUGUUGAGCUUGCACUUCAGUUGAUUCGCGACGAAUUCAAGCUGUGUAUGGGUCUUGCUGGCGUGACUAGUGUCAAAGACAUCAGCCCGGAGUAUCUUGUCAAGAUUGACAAAAGCGGUUUUGUAGCUCGUCUGUAG